UCACAUAUUCUUGUUAUUGAUCACCCCCUUGUACCGGCAGCUUAUACCUAUACCCACUUAUUUCACGCUCUGCUUUAUAUAGUUUGCGCAUUCGAUUAAUACAAUACUUUUGCGUAUUCCGUCGGAUUUAUAUUACCCGCAGAUAUUCAAAGGAUUUUUACAAACAAAGUUCGCAAUAUACAUUUUUUGAUCGAUGCGUAAUACUUGAGAACUGUAUAAGAUAAUGCACGAAUUGUAUCACAGAGAAACACUUUCUUUCACACACGCAUAACACGUCCGGUCUAAGGACUAUCUAGGUCUCUCGAAGCAAAUCGAUCGUUUCGUGAUUUGUUGCAUCAUUGAUGUAUCACGGAAAUUUUAUGCAUUCCGGAUAAAUUUAGAGUUGCAAUGUGUUUUUUUCCGCUUCAUUCUUGUUACAAGUAUAGACUCUUUUCGCUCGUACUCGGGGUCAAAUUUGGAUGUGUAAUAAAUUAUGCGGAAGAAAAGAAAGAGAGAGGGAGAGAGAAAAAGAAAGAGAGAGAGAGAGAGAGAUGAGAGAGAUGGAAAAGUGCCAUUGAGCGGACCGAAUGCGAGAAUAUUAAUGCACUUAUAAAUAAACCAGAAGGAAAAAUCCAGCGCGAAGCGCGUAGAGCACAGCAUGCGCGUUUCUGUACGUUACCGGCCAAGAAACCACGGUAGGAUGCCGUACGGUUAACUUCGGCUCUCGCGCUCUCCGCGUUUGACGAAGCUUUUAUAUACAAACCGGCGCGAUAUCGUCGUCGUCGUCGUCGUCGUCUUCCUUUCUCUCGUUUUGUUGCUCCCCGUGGUUUCCGCGUUUUCUCACACGUUCCUCUUCUCGAACGGACAUAUAUAAUAUGAGUCUGCAGGCGCAACGAUGCGUAAAAACAUGGGACGAUCUCGUCGGUAUUUGUCAGAACAGCGCCUAGUUCGCGAUGAAGUAGUGAUUCUGUGCGAGCAACGUGGCUUUUCUCUAUCCGGAGAUUAAACACUCCGCGUUGCGGUUGAUCGAAACGGUCGAGCGAAAACCGAGACGUGCACCGAGUGACAAGCGAGUGGAAAUAGGAUCGUUUGAUUACGGGAUAUGAUCUCUGUAACAUGACAGCGCUUGUACAUGUUCGUACACUUUAGCUACGGAAUCGUACGGCAUAUAAAUAUCUCACAUGUGUUUUUUAUGGCCUCGACAAGCUGAAAUAAGUUCAAAGAGAUUCUCAAAGUAAACGUUUUGAUGUUAUGGCCGUAACGAACUGACGAAUCAUCUAAAUAAAAAAAUAUUAAAAAAAAAAAAUGUAGAGAUCUCGCGAUGGAUGACAACAUCCGCUACUGUGAAUCUUACGCUGCGCGUAAUAUCUUGGAAGCAGACACGUUAGAAAAUAUUGAGCGAUGCUGAAAAACUCGCCCAAGUCGGCAAUGGCUUCGACCGAGUGUCCGAUACCAUCGAGUCCUGGUCCUGGAAGUCCUCUGGGUUUCGAAACAACAUCAAGACCGCGCAAGAAACUCUCGUUCAAAAUGCCGGAGACUUUCAGUUGGAAAAUGCGCAAGUCGUUGACACGACCGAGAUUGAUACACGCGCAAAAUAGCUUCGAUCUCAGCUUUGACGAAAAUCCAUUCGAGGAGGAAAACGAGAAUCUCGACGAGCUCGAGAGUCAAGCAAUGAGAGUGGUCAGAACAGUUGGCCAAGCUUUCGAAGUGUGCCAUAAAUUAAGUAUAAACAACACUACGGAAGAUCGUGAUCGAGGAGACAAAGACGGGGGGGAGAAUCAUGGCGAGAAUUACGGUGAUGUUUACGAGGACCAAGAUGAAAUUCCUAAUGAGCAGCAACAACCUUCUCCGUCACCAGUACAUAAAGACAUAUCAUUGUUAGGAGAUACUGAAGAUUUGGUUCCCGAGCAAACAUCCGUCACCUGUCUGCUUCGAUCACACGAUGGACCGGCGACAACGACCUCUACCUCACCAGUUAGACAGUCGCCAUCGGGCACGGUGACCUCCGAGUGUGGAGGUUUAUUGGCGGGAGGCGAAUUAACAGCCCUGAAACAUGAAAUACAGCUUCUACGUGAACGUUUGGAGCAGCAGAGUCAACAAACCAGAGCUGCCGUUGCCCAUGCGCGACUUCUUCAGGACCAGCUGGCGGCGGAAACGGCAGCACGCGUCGAAGCUCAGGCGAGGACACACCAACUUCUAGUGCAAAAUAAGGAAUUGCUAGAACAUAUCAGUGCGUUAGUGAGUCAUCUGAGGGAGCAAGAACGUGUUUCUGGCAGCCACGUCACCUCGCAGUCACAAAUACCGACGUCUGCGUCCAUGCAACAAAGUGCACCGGUUUCUGACUUAUCAAAUCUCGGCCAGUGCCAAAGGACCGGUGGACAAAAUUCGCCAUGGGAAUUGGAUUCGUCGACUUUUCCAUAUUCGUAUCCACCGGAAUCGCUCUAUCCGGGCACUCUUGGCGCUAUGGGAAUCCAGGGCAAUAACGCCACCGCGGAUCAAUUACAAUUUCAAACGCAACUGCUGGAAAGGCUGCACAACCUGAGUCCGUUUCAGCCUCAGAGAUCACCUUAUAACACACCGUCGCCGUAUGCGAUGGGUCCGAGUUUGCUUCUACCUCCCUGCGGUGGACCAACAAAUUCAGCCCAACUAUCUCCAAAUUCUGCUUCUCUACGAAUCUCUCAGCCGAACAGCUUUACUUCAUCGCCAGUCAUGGCUCAUAAACUCGACAACUACGUGACAGAUAAUUUGGACGCGCAGCAACCUGCUUUCAUAAGACCUUUGCCGUGUAACGACAGAAACGUAAUUCAUUCGACAGCAACCGACGUUAAAGUCAAGCAAGAACUUUUUAAUCCGCAAGAUGGAUCUUGCGACAUACCGCCAAUAAUUCUAGAUCCUCCGCCUCAGGGUAAACGCAGUGAUAACGAAAUGAAGAAAUCAAAUCCGAAAAGAAAUUCAAAUGUGAACACGCAGAACAAUAAGAACAAUAUACAAAAUCCGAAAACUUUGGCCACCAUUUUGCGAACUUCCGGUCCACCGCCUUCUCGCACAACUAGCGCUCGAUUACCAUCUCGUAACGAUGUGAUGAGCGAAAUGCAACGAACCACCUGGGCUCGUCACACAACCAAAUGACUGGAUCUAACAAUGCAUGUAUAUGCGUUGCAACGGUCUUGCCGCUAUAUGUAGAUAAAAUUUGAUUUGAAGUCGAGUGGAAGAUUUAGAGUUUCCAAAUAUAUUCUAGUAGUUAUAAAUUAUACGAGAGACAACAAUUGGCGUGAUUUGAAGAACUUUUAUAAUUUAUAAACGGAUAACAGGGUUUGCAUUUCCUUCUCGAUCGCUCAACUCUAAAUGUCAAUUUUUAAUGGUGUAAAAUAAUGUAAGCUCUCUCCUUCUCAUUUACACUUGAAACCGGAUCUCUUCUAACAAACCGCCGAUCGAACAAAUCGCCAAAAAAACAAAUUCGUUGCCAAUAAAGAAAGUUUGAAAAUAUUUUUUUACAACACGCUUUUAUCAGAAAAUUUCUAGGACUCUUCGUUAUAGAAUUAAUAAAUCAGUGGUAGAUGCAAUAAGACUCGUGUGAAAAAUAUAAAAGUCACCAAAUCGCUUUUGUAUUUUGGCUUCAUCUUGCGGAUACCAUCAAUGGAAUGUUUGUAUCAUACUCAAUUGGAACAAUAAUUGCGCGUUUGCGAAGAAAUGAAUUGCAAUAUGUAAUUUGUACAAUUAUCGCGAUACUCUUCUAUCUAUCGAAAGCUGAUGGACUUGAUGGACUUGUGCCAAAAAAAUACCAUUUAUCCAAAGAGUUUAUUUUCAUUUAUAUUUUUAAGUAAUGUAAAUAAAAAUACA